CCCACCACAUCCAGUCGUACUGCGAAUGCCACGUUGUGAGCUUCGUAUUCGUGGUAUUUCGGGACUUUUCACUCGACCAGUGAAUCGAACAUCGUUGUCACUAUAGUGUAUUUGUUUCGCCAACGAAAUCCGUGCAACGGAACGUCGGAGACUGAGUUAUAACGUUCCGGAAAAUUGCAAUUUCCACGUCGUUUCGCCGGUAAUUUUCAACGGUGAUUCUCGCUCCGGCUGUCGUUCGUUUUCCCUGUUCGGUCUAUCGGAGUAGCGUGUGCCCACGAGAGGGGAAAGCAUCGACAGGCAUAGGCACCUUGAUCGUGUGUUUUCCGUUCAUUUUUUAAAUAAAUAAAUAAAAAAAAAAAGAAAAAGAAAAAGAAGUAGAAGAAGAAGAAAAAAGAAUAGUGUGUACAACGUGUGAAAGCGAAGGAAUCACGAUGCGACAACACCGUGAGACGCUCCAUUUGCAGUGGCAGCGGCAACAGGAAGGACAAGACGUCCGAAGAGCAAGAUAGACGAAAAUAGAAGGAGGUAGUACAGAGAAACGGACUGGCUACGAAGUUAGACAGGAUUUACCCGAGGACGAGUAACGAGACGUUGUUCUCUGAAACGUUUGAAAGGAGCGCGCGGUUUAGCGAACACUCGUUUGACUGGUGACACCGUUUGUUGUUUACCAACGUCAGUGCGGUUAGGUUCCUAGCGUGUAUUACUUAAGGAGACGGAGAAGGAAGCUCGUAUAUAUAGAGUCGAAAGGAUAAGAGGGACGAAAGAACGCGAUCGCGUUCGCUGAAGGUACCUACAUACAUAUAAAGAGAACGCGUGCUCGCUAGGUAAACGGAAAAAGGAGCAAGUUGGGAAAAAGAGAGGUAAGCAAUAACGGCAAGUGGGCGCGCGAGAUGCAUUCCAGAUGAACGAUGACGCCGCACAGUCUGUAAGACUCGCGUGGUUUUCACAUUGUAUCGCGCUUAUCCGUCAUUCUCGUGUCAGGACGUAUCGACGAUCGUCGGGCGGGUUAUGACGCGCGCUUAACGCGCUUCGUGCACGAAUAGAAGCGAGCGUGUGUCGAUCGUGUACAACAUGGAGUCCGACACGGCGACCGACUGGUCGUCGACGAGAAAGGACUCCCUCGAGACAUCGAUGCCGAGGAAAUUCCGCAAGGAAUCCUGUCGAACGGGGGGUGCAACACUCAAUUGGGCGAUGUGCGCCCUCUGUAUCGCCAGUUUCGCCGUGUCCGGUCUGAUGAUGUACAGGGAAUUAGGCUUGGAAUCGCGAAUCGCCACUCUGGAGGCGCGUAUCCAGCAUCAAGAAACACCGGACGUUCUUAUCCAGAGGCUCAGGAGGGAGGUACAACAGCAGAUGGAGGUGCACCGAUCCUCCAAGGAUUCGAACGUUUUUCGGAGCAAACGGGAAACGUCCGACUGCAAUUGUCCACCAGGUCCUCCCGGUGAACCAGGUCCACCCGGAAAAAGGGGGAAAAAGGGGAAAAAGGGUGACCCCGGGGAACCAGGCCCGCAGGGUGUGGCCGGGACGCCGGGCAAGAACGGUUUUCCGGGACCUAUCGGGUUAGAUGGACCAAAGGGUGAACCGGGUCGAUCCGGCGAGAAAGGGCAGAAAGGAGAGCUGGGAAGUCCAGGGUUCGACGUCUUCUCCGCAGUAAAGGUCAAUGCACAGGGAUUAGGGUUAAAGAGGUCGGUGACGACGCUCCGCGGCGGGACACUCGGCUAUGCGGAAAUCGUCGCUCUGAAGGGAGAGCCAGGAGAACCUGGCCCACCUGGGCCACCCGGUCCUCCGGGAGCCGAAGGUCUUCCCGGACACGAAGGCAGACAAGGAACUCCGGGUGAUGUUGGACCAGCGGGUGAAAAAGGAACAGCAGGACCUAUUGGACCGAUUGGUCCGGCUGGUACGCCGGGACUACCAGGUCCUAAGGGUGACAAGGGUGAUAAAGGUGAUCGCGGUAUAACAACGUCCUUGAACGGGGAACCAUUUCCAACUGGAGUAUUCGAGGGACCGCCCGGUCCACCAGGACCACCUGGGCCCAAGGGCGAGAAGGGGGAGCUGGGUCCGACGGGACCACCCGGUCCGACGGCAGAGAAGGGUGCCCGGGGAAAGCAAGGGAAGAGGGGUUUCAAGGGUGAGAGCGGUAUGGCAUUGAUGAGAGGCCCACCCGGCUUACCGGGUCCAAAGGGUGAACCCGGUGAACGGGGUUACCGGGGCGAAAAAGGCGCCAAGGGAGACACGGGCUCAUCAGGACCAAAGGGAGAUCAAGGAUCACCUGGCUUGGCUGGACUCAAUGGAACAGAUGGAGAAACUGGUAUUCAGGGUCCACCAGGAUUACCUGGCAUCUCUGGACCUAAAGGUGAGAAAGGAGAAUACGGUGACAUUGGACCUCCAGGACUCAUGGGGCCACCGGGUUUACCUGGUCCACCGGGUUAUCCCGGAUUGAAAGGUGAAAAAGGAGAGAAGGGCGAAUCGGGCGCGACACGGGCCUUCCGUCGACAGAAAUACAAAAAACUCAGGCGAAGGCAGGGAGACGGUACGUUUGAGGUGAACGCCGGUGAAGUGAUAAUGGGCCCUCCGGGACCACCCGGUCCAGCUGGUACUCCUGGACUCCAAGGUCCACCUGGCAUAAAGGGCGACCGAGGACACGACGGCGCCAAAGGCGAUCCUGGAGAGAAGGGUGCCAAAGGAGAUCCUGGUCCAAUGGGACUACCCGGCCCCAUGGGACUGAGGGGAGAAUCCGGAAAACCCGGGGAUGCCGGGAAACCUGGUGGCAUGGGGCCACCAGGAUUAGACGGCAUGAAGGGUGCGCAAGGUGAACCUGGCACAAAGGGUGAAAGAGGGGACCCGGGACUACCUGGUACCGAUGGAAUUCCUGGCGCGGAGGGACCGCAAGGGGAGAAAGGUGCUAAAGGCGAAUCUGGACCGCAAGGGAAACGCGGUAGGAAAGGCGACAAGGGUGACAAAGGAGAUCAGGGUGUACCAGGCCUGGAUGCUCCCUGUCCAUUAGGGUCCGAUGGACUUCCGCUAGCAGGAUGCGGAUGGAGACCACCUCAGCAGGACAUCACUAGCACCUCAAUACCAGCAGUCGACGGUCCCGAACCAGCAGAAACGGAUUAUGAGGAACCGGAAGAGGAAUACGAGGAGUAUACGGACCCGAACGGAAAUCUAGCCGAGCAAUAAUGCUCAUUGUGCGCUGCCCUAAUCACUACCAACAACUACUACCACUACUACCACUACCAUCACCACUACAACCACCAAAACCACCACUGCCAUCGCCCUCAUCACUCGUCUCACCUUGCUCUCCCAAACUAACGUGGUCCUGAGAAGAAGAAAUAUUCUUCACGAUUGGCUGGAAGAAGAACGAGAAAAAGAAGGGCAGUGAUACAAAUAUAUUAAGGAAGAUAGCGCAUAUUUUCAAGGACCUCUGUGUAUACUCCAUCGUGAAAACACGGCUCAUCUAAAUUUUGACGUGAAAAAUAAAAAGAAAAAAAAAAGAAAAUACCGAGUUAUUUAAGAAAAAGAAAUAUAUAUAUUUUUUUUACGUAUAUAUAUAUUUUUUUUUCUUUCCCUUGGCAUAUACGAAGCGUGUAUGCCAAAAACGAUCAUCUUGCCAUCGAGUGUUGUAAAUAAGUGUACUUACAGUGUUUAGCGUCCGCAAAUAGUGCGUGUACAUAAAUAUUUAGAGCUUAUUACUGCGAACGCGGAUAGAACAUCAAUAUAAUUUUACUGACGGCUCGUCUGUAAUGCAAACAUAAAUGUCAAUAUAAAAUGUCAAUAUAAAAAUACAUCAGUAUCAAAGUAUCAUUUGCACAACGUAAUACGAUGAUAGUUGUGGAGAAAAAAAAAUAAAUUAUUCAUUUAUUAUUACUCAUUAGCUACGAACACGUGUUAAUUUUCAAAAUGACGAAUGAAUUCUUUAUGAUAUUUAUGUAUGUUAUGUAAUAAAUAACGCAGUAAGGAUUGAGAUAUCGAUCAUCGUAGUACAGUUAGUAUGUAAAUGAAAUCGAUGACGAAAAGUUGUUAAUUUUAAUUUCAGAAGUAUCGUUACCUUCAACGUAUAUCCAUAGAAAUUUCAAGUAACGUUACCCUUCUGAGUUUUAUUUAUUUUAUUCCUUUUUCGUUUGCUAAGGCGCAACCCAAAUACAUUUAAGCACAAUUAUAAUAUUAUGUAUUAUAUAUUCUUCUAUUAAUUACGAAUUUUACUGCACAUCACUAUGUUUUUAAGAUAUUUUUUUUAAAUUUAAUUUAAAUCGCAUCGCAUUGAGAAAGUUCAAUUUUUGCAAAAUCAUUUUCCAUCGGAAAGUUAGAUGAUUAUUACAAAGAACAGUUGAAAUUUGUUACUUAUGUGCACGAUGCCAUUAAGCGUACCUGUGUAAUUUUGUUGCCUACGGCACACCCAAUAAAGUGCACAUUUUUGCAUAGUGGCAAAAAGGAAAAGCAAUUUUUAUACAAAUAUCAGUUAACAAUGCAUAUCUUUAUAUAAUUUUCAUCUAGAUUAGCGAUAAAAUCAACUGUAAAGCAAAGGAGUAAUGUGUACACAUUGUCAAUACUAUUAGGUAUUGUAAAAUAAAUUAUAAGUACAUGUAUAUCUAUGGUUUUCAUAUUGGCGUAUAGUAAAUCCCGAGUUAGAAUUACUUAUAUAAGAAACGAAAGAAGAUAUUCUGAAAAUAAAGAGAAAGUUUGAAAAAGCAAAA